AUGCACAAGAUAACAAAAGGCUUGAAAAAGAAGAAAAAAGGUAAAAAAUCCAAACACAAGGACGAGGAACUAUUCAAACCGGAAGAACUCGAGGCGUACCGGAAGGAGCACCAAGCAACCGAAGAACCAACCAGUUCAGGUAAAAAUGAGGAGUGGAAGAAAUUCUUGGCCCUCACCUCCGGCGUAGACGACAUCCUACACAAAACAAAAGACGAUCUAGAUCGCAUAAAGAGCACCUCGUUCUUCCAAAGAGUACCGCCGCCAAGCGAAACCCAAAAACAAGAAGAGGAAGUCAAAACCGAAGAAAAACCUCCAGAACCUCAGCUUGGCAUCGUCGAGGUCUCCGAGUCCGAAUCGGAUGAGGAAGAUGAAGACGACAUCUUCGACACCGCUUACAUCGAUGCCAUAGCCACCGGGGAGGUCAAGCUAGCUUACAUACCGGACUCGCCCACCAAGGAGGAAGGCGACGAUCCUUUCGAUACGAGCUACGCUGAACGGGCUAUACUAGGGCCUGCCGCUGAGAGAAAGGGGAAAAAACUGGUGCCCAUUGGCGCAGCAGUCGAAGUUUUAACCGGAAGAGUGCAGUUGCCAACGUGCGCAACCAAAAGGCCUGUUAACAGGAGGCAGAUCUUGAAGGAGAGGGAUUUGCUACUGGGGAGUUUUGAUGAUAACGCCAAUAACGUAGCAGCAUCUCCAGAACAAAUCCAGAAAACCCUUCUAGACGACGAUGAGAUUCCGAUUCCAGAUGAGCCCAUAGAUUUGAGUAAAACUCUGCACCCCAUCACUCCGGUUGUAGAAGAAGUCAAAGAAAGCAAAACUCAAAGCAUUGUAAAGGAAUUCGAAGAGGAUGAAGAUGAUGCUGAGUUUGCUGCCCUAGCUGCUGAAAGUCUACAUAAAGAACCAAAAGUUAUAAGUGAGGUUGUGAUACCACAACUCGAACCAGUACAAGUUGAUGGUAAUUGGAACGCGGCAUUUGAAGACAGUACUGCAUGCACCGUAGAAGAGGUAGUUGACCCCUUUGAUACUACAUUCGCCGAAAACAUCCUACCAGGAAAGGCCGAGUUGAGGAUAAUUGAAAACGAAGUAUUGAACGACGAUUUUGACUUUAAUCCUCGUGAAGAAGAUACAUUAAAAACCAUAUUAAAGACUGUAAACGUAUCGCAAACAAAUAAAACUUUAAACGCUGAGCCCAUAAAGAACGACUUACUGGGCGGCAGUAACACAGAUUUAACCCAACUUAACUCAGACGUGUUGAGACCUUCUGAAACCAAGGACGAAAACUAUAUCGAAUACGGCGACCCAUUCGACACAUCAAUCGUCGAAUCAGCCAAACAACCCGGACAGACAGAGUUAAAAUUCUUAGAGCGCGAAUUUCUCGGGGAAAUCAAAGUGCAACAACUUUCCUUCGAAGACGACGAUUUCGACCCUAGAGCGGGCGAAAGCAGGGGACGUUCAGUUUCGCGACCCGAAGUUCUGAACUUCUCUAAAACAGUCUCGUUCGACGUUUCGUCCCCGACGCAGUCGAAUCUAGACGUUGACCAAAGGGUUUCCAAACCCCUUACGCCGUUUUACGUGAGAAAAAGUUCCGUGCCCGAAGAAGUUUUCUCUCCGGAAGAACCAGAAGACCCCUUUGACACUUCGUUCGUGUCCAAAGUCACCCCGGGCAAGGCGGAGUUAAAGCUAAUCGAGAACGAGUUGUUUGUCGAGAGAAACUUGAGUUUAUCCGAUCAAGACUUCGAUCCUAGAGACGAAAAGAAGGUUGCUAUUGCCCAGGUCGUGCAAAGUAUACAGGGUAUUAAAGACCCCACUAAGGUUGUUGAAGAGGAGAAGGUAGAAAUCGACUUACUAUCGGCCGAUACAAAUAUACCUGGGAAAGUACUAACUCCUAACUUGGAGCCUGUAAGACAACAACAAGAAGAAUUAUCGUACGUUGACCCAUUCGAUACUUCAAUUGCUUGUAACAUACUACCAGGGAAAACAGAGUUAAAGCUCUUGGAGACCGAGUUGAUAGAAAAAGUUGUCCCGAAAGUUCCAUCGGACCCCGACUUUAAUCUGCGUGGAACUGCAGACUUAAUAAGCCACACCGGCGAUACCAUUUUUGAAAAACCUUUAUCGCCUAACAAAGUCAGCUUUGAUAUAGAGGAGGAUUACGAUCCUUUUGAUACGAGCAUUGCCAAUAAUAUACAGCCUGGUAAACAAGAGUUAAAGCUUUUGGAAUCAGAGUUAAUCUAA